UAGCGAGCAUGGUCCCUAGUAAACGUGUGUCUCUUAAAUGUAGCUUAAACUUUGGUUAUUUCUAAUAUUUUUUUUAUAAAUCAAUAAAAAUUGUUUAUAUAUUAAUUAAAAAUAUCUCUAUAUUAUUAUUAAGUAGAUAAUUAGGAAAAUAAUCAUGCCAGCCAUUAGAAUAGAUGGAAGUUUUGGAGAAGGCGGUGGUCAAGUACUUAGGAUAGCUCUUACAUUAAGUGCACUUUACAAAAUACCCAUUGAAAUUGACAAAAUCAGAGCAGGUCGCCCAAAGCCAGGUUUAGCAGCUCAACAUCUAAAAGGAGUUGAAAUUGCUAGAGAUAUGUGUAAUGCUAAAGUACAUGGAGCAUAUAUUGGAUCAACACGUUUAGAAUUCUAUCCUGGUGCUGCAGUAGCAAAACGAACGUUUGUAGCUGAUAUUAAGACCGCUGGAUCAAUUUGUUUAUUAGCUCAAAUAGCAAUUCCUAUUGCCUUAUUCUUGCCUCAAGGUGACCCAAUUACGUUAAUUCUGAAAGGAGGAACUAAUGUUCCUAUGGGACCUCACAUCGAGUAUCUUACUGAGGUAUUUCGCCCAUGGUUGAAUAAAUUUGGAGCAGAUUUUGAUUUUACUGUUCUUAGAAGAGGAUAUUAUCCUAAAGGAGGAGGAGAGGUACAUCUGAGAGUGCCACCAAUAAAGAGCUUGAAUCCAAUAGAAGUUCUUAAUCAAGGUGAUGUUACGAGUAUUUCAGGAUGGGCUUAUGUUGCAGGAUCUAUUCACUUAAAUGAAGCAUACCAAAUGGCUGACGUCACUAAAAAUGAAUUGACGAAAAAAUUGGCAGCUCAGAAUAUUUCAAUACCACCAAUUAACAUUGAAGCAUACCGAGAAGAUAGAGGGAUGGCUGUUGGCAAUGGAUCUGGCAUAAAUGUAGUGUGUCAAACAAAUACAGGAUGUGUUUUGGGAGGUUCUGGAUUAGGGUCAAAUCGUGGAGAAAGUAAAGCUGAUCCUGCUAUUGAAGCAGCUAAUCAGAUUCUCAAUCCUCUUCUUGAUGGAGCUUGCGUUGACGAACACAUGCAGGAUCAAUUGAUCCUCCUUAUGGCAUUGGCGACAGGUCAGUCAAAAGUAUUACUAGGUAAACAACAACAACUCACACAACAUACAGAAACAGCAAUAGAGGUAAUAAAAAUGAUGCUGGGAAAUCGUGGAUUUCUUUGUCAAGUUAUAUCAAAUGAUUAUGCAGGCGAUCCUAGAUCGUUUAUCCUCGAAUGCAAGGGUUGCAGUCUCAUAAAUACAGGAUGAAAUGUAAAUGAGUGUCGUAUUAUUAAUAAAUACUUCCAUUAAAUGGUAAAUUCGAAUGAUAUAUCAUGUUUGAGUUAUAUAUGUAUUGUUAAAUUCCAUGGUACCAAAAAAUUUUUCAUCAUUUUCUACAUUAAAAAGAAAUGAUUACUGACUUAA